GUGUUUGACUUUACUGUACUCGUCCGAUGAUUUCGUCACAGAUGAUCGAUCGUUUUACCUUUUUCUAAUUUCAUUACCGGUAUCGUCUAAAGAUUUCUCCAAACUCGUUGUCAAAGUGCGGUGAUUUCUGCUACAGGUGCGGAGCGUGUGUACAAUCGCAACCGACACCCGAACAGUUGUGAACACGGUUAGCUCUCGUUGUCGGACAGACAUUCUCACAAGUCUUUUCAUCUACAAGUACUGAUCGCAUUUGAUGUUUGAUGUUUUUAUAUUUUGUAAGUGAAAUUGUAAACAUUAAUUCUCCGAACAUUCUUGCAAAUCGAUCAGAGCGAAGCCCACCACACCUAUAAUUCACAAAAGCCACAGAUCAAACAAAUCAGAAUGAUUACAGGCUGAUGCUAGAUUCAUCACUAUGGCUGACUUUUCUUGCUAUUAUAAUUUUGUGGGCUGUGUGGAAGGUCAUUCAGUUAAGGCAGCGUUAUCUCUUAUAUAAAGGCGUUCCAUCCAUGGAUGGCUUCUCAUUUAUCUUUGGCCAUAUGCACAAACUUCCAGCUGAUGGAAGAGAUAUGUACAAACACCUUCUUAAUGACUGGCUCUGUGUUUCACACCGGAUGUUCUGUUUCUGGGUCACACCACUACGCCCUAUCAUCUUUCUUUUUCAUCCGGAUGCCGCAAAAGUCCUUCUGCAGUCAUCUGAAUCCAAGCAAGUGGAAUUUGGCGAUGCAUUCAGAUUUGUCAAACCGUGGGUGGGAGAAGGAAUUCUUCUUUCUAGUGGUAAUCGCUGGAUGCGUGCCAGACGUUUGCUCACGCCAGCCUUCCACUUUGAUAUCCUGAAGCCCUACAUUGGUGUCUACAAUAAGACAGUUGAUAGCUGCAUAGAAACCAUAGACAAGUUUGCCAACUCAGGGGAGAGCUUUGACAUCUACCCUUUGCUAAAGCUGUGUACAUUUGACAUCAUCUUGAAGUGUGCCAUGUCUGUUGAUCUGAAUGUCUUUAAGAAAGGGGGAAAUGUACCUUAUAUAAAUGCAUGUGACAGACUUCUAUACCUGUGGGGAGAAAGAAUACGGAAUAUAUUUGUGUACUGGGAUGCUGUUUAUCGCCUGACCAAAAAUGGGCAAGAAUUCUACAAGAACUGUGAUCUUGUUCACUCAUUUGCUCAGGAAAUUAUCACAAAAAGAAUGCAAGAGCUUAAGGAAGAAGGGCCACCCAAAAAGCGAUAUUUGGAUUUUUUGGACAUCCUGCUGACAGCAAAAGAUGAAACAGGGCAAGGAUUGACUCCCUUGGAGAUCAGAGCAGAAGUGGAUACAUUCCUGUUAGCUGGUCAUGAAACAUCGUCUACUGCCACUAGCUGGCUGCUGCACUUACUAAGUGAAAAUGUGGACUACCAAAAGCGGGUGCAGGAAGAAGUGGAUGAGGUGCUGGAGGGACGAGAAUCAAAACACGUCUUGUGGUCAGAUCUUCAAAAACUUGAAACCCUGACAUGCUGCAUGAAAGAGGCGAUGCGUUUGUACCCUGCCGUGCCUGGUGUUGGACGAAUUCUGACAAAAGACACUUUGAUAGAUGGCCACACAAUCCCAGCAGGCACAAGGGUAAAUGUCAGCUUUAUUCUCCUGCACCGUAACCCAGAUGUAUGGGAGGACCCACACACAUUCCGUCCAGAGCGCUUUGAAGUGGAGGAGGCCAAAAACCGAAAUCCCUUUGCCUUUGUUCCAUUUUCAGCUGGACCAAGGAACUGUAUUGGAAUGACAUUUGCCAGCAAUGAGAUCAGAGUGCUGGUAGCCAGAUUGCUCCAAAGGUAUGACUUCGCACCUGAUCCUUCUCACCCGGUGGAAGUGGUCGCCAGUUCUAUCACGCAGUCACAAUCAGGGGUGUGGAUGUUUGCCAAAAGACGCAAGUGAAAAAAAAAGAGAGAGAGUACAGAAGAGUAUAAAGAAAUGUUUAGGUUUUAAUAAUGGCCUAUUAACUAAAAACAGCAUUAACCUGAGGAGAUGUUAACCAUAAGAAUUAAAUACAUCAUAAGCAUUCUUAGAUGCUAAUUACCUGAUCACUGUUCAAGCUGUGAUGGUACUCAUUCAAUGUUACAUUCAUUUUCACUUUUAUUAUACAAGUUUAUUGCAUUGCUGGCACAACAGAUUCAGACCUUCAUAUAAUCACAAUUAAGACCUGUUCAGUUGCAUGGCCAAAACAUGCAGGCACACAGAAUCGGUGGCCUGAUGAGAACUGAAGAAUUGCAGAACAUGCUUGUAUCUCGAUUUAAGUAUAAUUUAGUGACACCCAUUUGUGCAACAUGGACAUGUUAUCUGAAAGUAGGGUGUAACCAGCAGACAUGGUCAAAUUCCAUCACAGUUAUGCAUGAGGAUAUGCAUGUCCUAUUGAGAGAAUUGUGCUAUUUUCCUGCUUCCUCAGGCUGUCAGUCCUGUGUGCUUGCAUGCUGGACUAACAGAAGGAUGGUCUUAUAUAUGACUUCUGAAUUCCAACAUGUCGUUUCUAAAUCUGCAAUGGUAUUGCUAGUUGCUGAUAAUGUGCUAUGCAGUUUUUGAUUACUGAUUAGUUUUUAUUUAAUCAGUUUUUACUUGUUGCAUUGAUUCCUUUCUAUUAAGUAUAUGACAGGUAUGGGAAUAAACCAUACAAAUAUGCCUAUAAGAAAUAAAACCUGAGCAUGGUUUUACUAAAGCAUGUAUGUGCUAUGUUUGCUGCUACGAUUAAAUAAUAACUGUCCAUCUGCCAUUGUGUCCAUAAAAUGCUCAGCAACUUUAGUAAUAAAACUUUUGAAUUUGGAGUUUUCUAUUCAGAGAAAAGUUAUGACUAUUAUCAUUACCUGGUAAUGCUGGUCUGACCUAACCCCCUCUAUGAUUUAAAAUUUAAUUGUUUCCUUUAAAAAUUGUUUACUUUUUAAAAGUAGACCUCUAAAAUCAAAUCUGAGGAGAAAGAGGCAAAACUGAAAUAUUCAAAUGUAAAAGAGUUUAAUUAAAUAUGCCAUUGCACUAUAUACAUAUGCAAAAUGUAACAAAUUUUUUGGCUUCACCAUGGAUGAAACAUCAGCUAAAAGGCUUUCUAUAUGUAAAGGUAAUGUAUAUUAAAAAGGAAGUCUGGAAAUAAUUCGCACCAUCUUAGCAACUAUCCCUGGCAACAUAGGUACUUGAGGAAGAAUCAGAGUAGUAGUGCCUAGCAGCAUGAUGAUUAAAGGAAGAAGCAAAGUAGUAAUCUCUUGCAGUUCUGCUCAGGGAUGCCAGGCCAGAUAUGAUUGCCUUCAAACUGUAGUCAUAAGAAGUGAAUGUCGGUUACAUUUCAAGAGUUUCUGGAUCUUAUCUUCUGCUGCUGUGACAAAUGGUUGCCUACGUUCAAAGACUCCUCCCAGAGUGGAAGCAAACUUCGCACCAUUGACCAAUAGUUGUUCUGUGUAGAACAAACAAAAAAGAACAAGUAUCAAAUUCUUCAUUAAGUCAUUUCAUGAAUUUUUUUUUAACUUGCACUCUGUUCAUUAUGGUCAAUAAACAUAAAUUUUAAAGAUGGAAUCACAAAUAAGGUCAUUUUCAUUUGCAGCAUUCUAGUCUCCCAUAAAUUACACAUGUUUUGUCUUCUAGCAUCCUCUUCUUUUUUAAUUUACCUGUUGUUGUUUUUUUUACUGUUGUAGUAUGCUUGGAGCUUCAAUUAUUAGAGGCAGGAGAAGGUAUGUUUCUAGUCAAUUAUCAUCUAUCAGCUGAUAGGGCUCUCUUGAACACUAAACUAGUGCUGUUUUGACACAAUAUGCUUUAACUAGAUGCCUUUUGCAUCACACACACUUAGCUCACCUGUAGUAUAACAAAUUUUGAACUUGAACUUGGAUGACAGUUCAUCUCUUCAUCAAGUACAUCUAUAUCCUGAACAGAGUUUUGAUAAAAGAUCUUUAAUAAGUUAGACAAAAAACUCUAAGUAUAUUAUGUUUACAAAAGUAUAAAUUAAUGAUCAUUCAAAUUAUAAAGAUUUUUGACUUAACUUUUAGGCAAUUGUGCAAAAGCAUCAAAACAACAAUUUAUGUUGAUAAUUUGUCAUUUUAAAUUUUGUGCUUUUAUUACAAUAGCAGAAAACACAACAAUAAUAAGCUUGUAUAGAAAAGCACCACACUUAUAUGCUCCUCAAAGUAUGAAAAUAAUUAGGAAAUAAGCUAAUAAAAUACAAUAAUAAUUAUUCUAAAGAUAAAUGAUAGUGACAUCACAUUUCUUAUGUCAGAUCUUGCUGCUAUUUUUGACAUAGUUGACCACAUAAAUAGCCUUAGUACUCUUUCUGUUAUCUCUGAUCCCCCACUUGAUUGGUUUUUGUGAUAUAUUUCUCACAGGACUUGGUAGAUGGCUGCAAGUUUGCACCAGUCCCCAUUUGAUCACGAGUUCCAAAGGCUCUGUACUUUGUCCUAUCCUUUUGUCAUGUGUACUAAGCCACUCACUACUCUGAUUCAAACUGUUUCCUACCAAUCUUUCAUGGACAAUAAUUAAAUACCAGCUGUUCUCCCACUUACACAUAUUGCUAUGCACAGCAUUUAAGAUCCCAUGCAGGUUAGGCUAUGUAUGACCCAAAAUAAGUUGAAACUAAACAAAGUUAAAACAGAAGCCCUAAUCCUUUUCCAAGAGUAGUAACAGAGUUCAUCCUGAUUUGCCUGUCUUUAGAUUGAGAAUGUUGAUAUUCCCUUCAUAGUGUCAGGACAAACUUUUGUAAUGACUGCGUUAAUGGCAAUCAUGUUUCUAAGCUGUUGUGAUGCUUACUACAAACUCAGAUCAGCUCCAUAAGGUACCAUUAUAGGCAUCAAUGCAAUUUAUUUUCAGAUCAUAUUUUAUUAGUCAAGUGUAUUCUUUGAUAGUUAUUAUUUCAAAGUUUAUUAAAUGGAUAUUGUUUAACCCA